AUGACUCAAUCUGGGAUUCAGGUAUCUAAAGAACUCGCCGAACUUUUCCGCGAUGCUGUCUCAAAUGGAAACUACAGGCUUAUACGUGUAUCAAUAGCUAAUGUCCCAAAUGGAACGUUAGAAGUAAAGAAUAGCUGGAAUGAUGAUUUUGUUAGUGUUCAAGAAUUUUUAGAAGAAACAAUUCCAUGCUAUAUUCUUUAUCGGCUUGAUACUAAAUCAUCUUCAGGAGAUCAUGAAUGGAUUUUCUUUGCUUAUGUUCCUGAUAGUGCCAAGGUCAGAGACAAAACGUUGUACGCAUCCACUCGCGCUACUUUAACAAAAGAGUUGGGUGAUUAUCGAUUCGUAGAUUCUAUGCAUGGUACUGCUAUCUCCGAUUUCUCACUUAAAGAAUAUGAAAGGCAUAAACGUCACAAAAAUGCUGAAGCACCGCUGACUCAGCGUGAAAAAGAAUUGGCUGAAGUCAAAGCUGCUGAGGCAAGUGCUAGUUCGUAUAGUACUUCAACACGAAAAUCUCACGUUGCUGGUAUUGCCUUUCCUUUAUCUGAUGAAGCCAUAACUGCGAUAAAGUCAUUGAAUCAAAGUGAACUAGAGUUUAAUAUCUCAUUGGAUGCCAAGAAUGAAAGGAUUGAGCUCGAUUCUACCAGUAAAAUCGAUAUUGAUGAAUUGGCAAAUAUUAUAUCAUCUGAAGCGCCAAGAUACACCUUUUUUACUUAUGAACAUUCUCAUGAAGGACAAGAUAUUCGAUCUACAGUUUUUAUAUAUACUUGUCCAACGUCGUCUAAAAUUCGUGAACGUAUGUUAUAUUCAUCAUGUCGUGCAUCUGUGAUCUCAUAUGGUGAGAGUGAAUGCGGACUUACGAUCGCAAAAAAGUUGGAAACAAGUGAUCCAAAAGAUCUUACAAAAGCUUUUGUUUUGGAGGAAUUACAUCCUCCAUCUGAGGUAGCACCAAAAUUAGCUUUUUCAAGGCCCAGACCACCUGGUAGAAGAGGUGGUGGUCCACGUGACUAA